AUGGAGCAAACUCACGAGGAAUGCCGCUUGGUGGGACUUUCGGCAACCCUACCCAAUUAUCACGAUGUUGGAACAUUUUUGCGUGUCAAGCCAUCAAAUCUGUUCUUCUUUGACAACAGCUUUCGGCCAGUACCCCUGGAACAACAGUACAUUGGUAUAACGGAGAAAAAAGCACUGAAGAGAUACCAGGCAAUGAAUGAUGUGGUCUACGACAAAGUAAUGGAACAUGCGGGAAAAAGCCAGGUGGCGAAUGUUGACCUUCGUGAUUUAAUCCCAUAUGGUUUUGCGAUCCACCAUGCCGGUAUGACCCGUGUUGAUCGUACUCUUGUUGAAGAUUUGUUCGCCGAUCGCCAUUUACAGGUGCUUGUAUCAACAGCAACACUAGCCUGGGGCGUGAAUCUGCCGGCACACACUGUGAUCAUCAAGGGUACACAGAUUUACAGUCCAGAAAUUGGCCGUUGGACAGAGCUUGGUGCACUGGAUGUGAUGCAGUUGCCAAUUGAAAGUCAAAUGAUUUCGAAAUUGGCGGAUACACUGAACGCGGAAGUAGUGCUUGGGACGAUUAACAAUGUAAGUGAUGCGAUGAAUUGGCUCGGAUAUACCUAUUUGUAUAUUCGCAUGGUCAAAUCGCCAACGCUUUAUGGUAUCACGCAAGAACAAGCGGUACAUGCUUUGUUAUUUUGUACUUAA